UCGUAGAGGACACUUCUCAGGACCGGUUCCGCCACAGUGAAGUUCUGUGCGAGCUUCUGGUCCAGCCGCUUGAAGUCCAGACAUCCCUGGUGGUCGCACAGAGUCUGGAGGACAAACUUAGAGAUGACUGAAGUCAUCCUGAAAGGUUUACGUAAGCACCUGAAGGCAACACAAGCCCUAGCGACCACUGCGGUGUACCCUAGCAACCAUGAGGUUUACGUAAGCACCUGAAGGCAACACAGACCCUUAGCGACCACUGCAGUGUACCCUAGCAACCACGGAGGAUGAGCUCUCGCUGAUGAUGGAAGAAGAAAAUGCCAAAGAGGUCACACAAGAUCAAAAAGAACUGCUCUACAAGCAAGUGGAAGAACUAAAAUGUUCCAAUGCAGCCCUCCUGGCAGAGAUUGACAUGUUUGAACGGUUCAUCGGCCGCAUGGAUCCUGAGGACCUGGUGUCCCAAGCUGGGGUCGACUGUCCGGGGGCAGCAGGAGGAGCCUCCCAGCUGGAGGGUGAGGGUCGUGGUCGGAGGCGGAGGACCCGCAUCAGCAUAUCAGAUCGCCUCCAGCAGCUGACCAUGGAACAAAAACUUUGUGUGGCACAGAGAGAAGUAACAGAGACACGACAGGAUCGGGAGAACGUCAAACAGAGAUAUGAGAAAAUUCAGGACAACUACAAGGCCUCUAUGAAAGAAGCAGAAUUGCGUCUUGCAGACAUCAGGAAGGCUAAGAUCGUGUUUGAACGCAGACUGCUCAAACCUAUAAAGGAGCCCGAGAAGGUGCUCCAGUACAUCGAAGACAAGUCAAAGGUCGCCCAGUUGGAGAACUUUAAUCUGAAGAACCAGGCACUGAAGGUCUACGAGAAGAAGCUCCAGCAGCAGCUUCAACAGAAAAAAGAGAUGGGAAAAGCCGAGCACGAGUACAUUUUCCAGGAGUACAGCGAGCAGAGAAUUGACAAAAACGUGAAUGAACUUCAAGUCAACAGUGUGAAAGUACAACGUGUCCUCAGUUCACACAAGGACAAGCUGCAGAGAGUGGCGUUGGAGUCCACAGAGCUGAGCAAUGACAUCAUCAACAGGAAGCAGAUGCUGGCAAAAAUUGAGGAAGAGAUACAGAAUGCUGAGGAGGAGCGUUUAAAAGCAAAGGCCCUCAACCAACACCUGCGCCGCCAGAUGACAGAUUAUCAUACUCUUGAUAUCACUGAGUACAUGCAGGUCAAGGACAAACGCAAGAAGCUGCAGCAGAGCAUUCACACUUGGGAGAGGAAGGUUGGGGUCGCUGAGAUGGCCUUGAAGACCAACACCAAAGCCCGGAGCACACAGAGAGACACUCUCCCUCCUACAGACAGAGCUGAGGCUGGAGCUAGAUCUGAGGAGCACAGAAUCCCAGUAAAGCUCCCAUACAUAGCAGAACACAGCACAUAGAGAAAUAGAGAAUUAGAAAGCUUACAAAAAGAGAAUACAUUAAAGGUCAGAUCGGUAAUGCUGAGAAACUAGCAAGAGUACUCUAGAUUUUAAAAAUGAUUCAACCAAAAAACCCAGCCCAGUGUUGCCAACUCUUUCCCAAUGACAGUAGCUAGUAGCUUAAUGAAAUGAUUGGACGGGCUUAUUACAGUCCUGUGACAACAACAGAUAGCAGAUUUUUUUUGCCAGAGCAUUUGAUUUAUUGAUUGCUGUCAGAAUGUAAAGACAAUUUCAACUCAUAUAACAAAAAUGUAUUUGAUCAGCCUUUGUGCUGGAAUAAAAGCUCCCACUGCAA